AUUGGGAAACUUUUGACUGAAACAGAAGGGAAAGGUCGCGGUGGAGGGAGUUCAUCUCGCUUUUGUUCUUCAUUUCUCAAUUUGUUCCAGAGGAUUAGGGUUUGGAUAUUAUUCUUUAUAGGGAAUCGACGAAUUUUUCUGUUUUGCGUUUGGAUUAAGAUGGUUCAGCUGACGAAUUUCGACAAACUCUGGCCUGAAUCGAAGCAGCUAUUCACAACGAUGGCUGCUGUGACGGUUGGGGUGAAGGAGGAGAUCGAGGAACAAUUGGGUGAAAUGCAGGGUCCUCUCAACAAGAGAUCGAAGCUAGCUGAGUCCGCUGAGAAGCUGGAAAGCAAGCUGAUGAUGCUAUCGCCAGCUUACGAUCCACUGGACGAGCCAAGUCCACUUGGUCUUCGGCUGAAGAAGAGCCCAUCUUUCUUGGAUUUGAUUCAAAUGAGGCUUUCUCAGGGAAAGCCUGUUUCAACAUCAUCUUACGUGAGCAGUGGCCUAGAAACUGGGAUGAAGAUGGAACUCAAUUCUGCGGCUCUUUCAGGUUCUGUGGACAAGAUGAAAGCCUCAAACUUUCCUGCUUCAAUUUUGAGGAUUGGGAAUUGGGAGUAUGUUUCGAGGUAUGAAGGUGAUUUAGUAGCCAAGUGUUAUUAUGCAAAACACAAGCUCGUCUGGGAGGUGCUUGAUGGUGGUCUCAAGAACAAGAUUGAAAUCCAAUGGUCAGAUAUCACUGCACUGAAAGCAACUUACUCAGAACAUGGAUCUGAAACACUGGAUGUUGUGCUUGCGAGGCGGCCACUUUUCUUCAGAGAGACCAAUCCUCAACCCAGAAAACACACACUAUGGCAGGCAACUUCAGAUUUUACUGGAGGCCAAGCAAGCAUUCAUCGGAGGCAUUUUCUGCAGUGUCAGCAAGGCUUAUUAAAUAAGCAUUUUGAGAAACUCAUACAAUGUGAUCCACGUUUAAAAUCUCUAAGUCUGCAAUCAGAUAUCAUCUUGGAAUCUUCCUGCUUUGAACCUUCAUGCUCGGAGGACAAAGAAGAAUCUAACUGCCUCGGAUUUCAUAACCUGAAGCAGAAUCAUGCAUCCUCAGCUGAAUUUCAUGAUCCCAACCCACUCCGUUCUAACACUGCAGCAACGAAUACUGCUGAUGCAGGCAUUUCCACUAUGGGGGUUGAAGCACCAGAACUCGGAUCAUCCAUGUCUAAAGAAGAUCUGGUGAGCCAUUUAGAACAAUGCAUUUCAGAGCAGAAGGCUUCAGGCAACCCAUUCUUCUCAUCUGAUUCCAUCCUAAACAAAGAAUUGUUGGAGGAAUGGGCUGAUUAUUUCCUCGCAGAUUCUCAAACCUCUUUUCAUGAUGAAAAAUCUCUCUUAUCGAAAGUAAACUCGUUGAACUGUCUUCUUCAAAAGGCUCCAUCGAAUGAGAACUUGCAGUCAGCCAUCAAUGCGGGCAUGGAUGUUCAGCAACAUUUCAUUGAUGAUGAUUCCAAGCAGCUGGAUAGGAGAAAAGUUUUUGAAGACCCGCAGCAGGCUUGUGGGAUUUCGAGGAAGGAUUCCAUUGGUGAAUUUCUGAUGAAUUUUCCUCGAAUCGCUUCUAUUCCACAGUAUUUGCAUCUCUUUAGUAUAGAAGAAGAUAAUCACGACGAAGGUAUCUUUUAAAUGCCAACGAUGGGGUCACAGUCUUUGUAAAUAGUAAAGUCUGUCCAGUGCUGAUGAGUUUUUGGGCUUACAGUUUGUGUUUUGGGAUCUUAAUUUCGUACUCGCUAAAAAUAAAUUCCAUAAAGCUUUUAUUGCCUUGUUGAUGAGUUCGUUUAUCUUUUAGUUUAGGAAGAUUUGCAUGCAUACUGCCCACU